GNAAAAAAAAAAAUUAACAAUACACUCAAAAAUAUCCCGCGAUUCAACACAGUCAAGCACCCAUUUUAGCGAUUGGAUCCAACAGUAGGAAUUUCAAUUCCGAAAAUCCGACGGUUCUAUGGCUCAUUGGAUCUCUUCCAAGCUCAAAGCCGCUGAAACUCUCCUCCAUCAGAUCGAUCAGCAAGCUGCAGAAUCAUUAGGUAAGAAUGAAAAGCCGCGAUCCGAUGAACAAGUACGUCUUGAAACCUCGACAAGAACGGGGGAAACUAGGUCGUUGAUUAAGGAACAGCUCAAAAAGAAGGUGCCAGAAAAUGUCAAUGAAAAACAUGAUUUAAAGGUAAUUAGUCGCAGUGAUAGUAGUAUUAAACGGGAUAAUGAUGUCGGGCUAUCAAUGAAUAUCAACUCUAAGUCAAAUUCGAGUGGCCCACCAACGGAUGGUGAUUGGACGGAAUUAUUGAGAGUGCCGAACAAGAAUAUGGCAGGUGGAGGUGUGACUGGGAGUCAGAGUAGCAUUGGAGCGUUAGGGAUUAGAGGUUUGAAGAAAGAUGGUAAGAAACAGGGGAGAUCAGGGUCGAAGGCACUAGAGGGGAUAAGGACAGAUAAGGACCAGAAUAAUGGUGUUCCGAAGAGUUCAAGAAAAUCUAAUGUUGAGUUGGAGAAUAACGCAAAUGGAGGUGGUAGUUUGGAUAGUGGGAGGGCAAGUGACGUUGGAGAUGUGAUGCCAAGAACUUUGAUUACUGAGUUUCAGAGUGAUGGAGGUGAAUCAGUUCGAAAGGACAUGAGUGAUGCACUUAUACCUGAUAACAAGAAUGAGGCAUAUAUAGGAAAAAAUAAAGAGUUGAAUGGCAUUGGAGAUGGGGAGAAGCUACAUCCUACAGAUGGUUUGAUAAAUGACAAUCAUCCCACGGAGAUGGUCCCAGUUUCACUUGAUGGGAAAUCGGAUAUGAAGUCUCAAUUGAAGGAUGGCGAGAGGUUUAAGAGUGCAAUGUUAAAGAACAAUAAGUCGAAAGUAGGUUCCAGAAGUUCAAGUUCUAUGAAGAAGGGUUUUUCUUCCCGAAGCGACGAUGAGUCUGAUUCUGAGACAGAUUCAACUUCAUCUUCAGAUUCAGAGAGAGAACGAGAGAGGGCAGAAAGGAUAAAGAGAAGGCAGCAGAUUCUGGCAGAAAGGGCAGCUGCCAAAGCAGUUGACGCUAUCAAAGAUCGUGAGAAUCAGGUUGCUAAAUUGGAAGGGGAGAAACAGAGUUUAGAGAAAGUACUUGAAGAGCGUGCCAAACAGCAAGUACGAGAGGCUUCAGAACUGCAGACAACAAUGAUGGAGGUUAUGGAUGCUGCUGAUUUAGAGAAGCAGAAACAUAAUAAUACUCGAAUGGAAGCACUUGUGAGAUUGUCAAAACUUGAGACCACGAAUGCCGACCUUGCUAGGUCUCUUGCUGCUUCACAGAAAAAUCUUGAAGUUGAGGUUGAUCGUAUUGCUGAACUUCGUCAAAAGAUUCAGUUGAAAGAAGGAACUCAUGAAGAAUUGAGAAGGAAAAUAUCAGCUAUGCACCAAAACAGGGAUAAUCUGGUAGCUUCAAAAGGUGUCGAAUUUGAAAAGAAGAUGCUUGAGGCAGAAUAUUCCUCUGUAACUGAUAAAGUCGAACGCCUGCAAGAAAAGACAAAGUCACUGGAAACCAACAUUGAAACAGCCAAAAGGGAAAUUGAGAAUCCAACUGAAGUGGAAAUUCAGCUCAGGCAAAGGCUUGAUCAGUUGACUGACCAUUUGAUUCAGAAGCAAGCACAGGUUGAGGCACUAUCCUCAGAGAAGGCAAUGCUGCUUUUCAGAAUCGAGGCAGUUUCAAGGUUACUGGAUGAAAACAAGUCGAUUAUGGAUUCAGCUGAUUUUCCGGGCACCUCUUCAAGAGAAGAUCUAGAAUCCGGUGUGUGGGAACACGCUAGUUCAAAGUUCAGGCCUUUAUUUAAGCAGAAAAUUCAAUCCGGGCAGCAACAGUUGGGAUUAUUGAUUCGACAGUUGGAUUCAAUCUUUUCUUCUGGUGUCGUCUUUUUAAGAAGGAACUCAACUGCUAGGAUUUGGUCCGUCGUCUACUUUAUAUGCCUUCAUCUGUGGGUAUUGUACAUUCUAAUGUCCCAUUCUGCAGUCUCAGAUGAUACUAAGUCUGGUGCUGUUGUUUCCCUGGAGAACAUCAACAAUACUGGAGGUUUUGCUCAAGUGCAUUAUACGUGUAGGGAUGGAUCUAGCAAUGAGCCAACAGAGUGGUGAAAAUGGAUUUCAUGUGACCAUCAAAAUUUUCACUGAGAAUGCUAUCGUAUUAUACAAAUUGAUGACGCUUAAGUAUAUGCUGAUGUUAAAAUUUUUAUGGAAUUUUUCUUUUUUCAAUAA